UUUUUUCUUUCCUUAUUUCUUUGCCUCAUUUUUGUGCUUUGACUUUGCUCAGUCUAUUUGUUCAUCCGAUCCUUACAAUAGUUAGUGGCUGGGAUAAGAUAAUCCCAUCACUACACAAGAGUAAAAGACUUUAGAUCAAAAGUUACCCAAAUCUAUUAGCACUACAUCAAUCAUGAACACCAACUCAUCUAAAUCAGUCUCCAAAACAGAUAGAAAAACCAUUGAAAAAAACAGAAGAAACCACAUGAAAGGCCUUUACUCCCAACUCAACUCCCUUGUUCAUCAUGAUGUCUCUUCUUCAAGGGAUUCCUUACCCUUGCCAGAUCAAAUAGACGAAGCAACGAAAUACAUUAAGAAGUUGGAAGAAAAUGUGAUGAAUUUGAAGGAAAAGAAGGAUAGUUUGGUUGGUGUUGAUGGUAAAUAUAGUAAUAUAAGAGGUUAUUCCUUAAAUUCGCCGGUCCAAAUUGAGGUACAUGAAAAGGGGAGUGCUGUAGAAGUGAUAUUGGUAACUGGGUUGGAGUGUCAGUUUGUAUUCACUGAAGCGAUGCGAAUAGUUCAUGAGGAACAUGCUGAGGUUGUCAAUGCUAGUUAUUCUGUUGUUGGGACAACUGUUUUUCACAGCAUUCAUGCAAAGAUUAGGGAGGACGCAACAAGCCAUGGAGUUGCAAGGAUUACUGAGAGGUUAAAGAAGUUUGCUCUUUAAUUCACAUUUUGUUUCUAUUCUAGCUAGAUAUGAAGGUAUAUUUCCUGAAUAAAUAAACCUAAAUGAUCAAGAAGUUCCUAUGUAUCUAAUUGAAACUAUCAUGUUUUAAAUUUGUAGUUAAUUAAAGAGUUAGCUAUUUUAAUUUAGUCU